AACGAAGUACUUUACGUCUAACUUAUAUAUGCAUCAUAGGUGUAACAUUAUUUUGGUUAUUAUUUCAUAUUCAUGCAUUAUUUCUGACCCAUAAUAUCGAACCAGCACCAAAUGUUAUCAUUUGCUCUUUCCAGCCUGGACUCUAUGCAUCAUUUAUGAAUUAUUAUAUAAUUUUAAUUCAAGACAUUCUAGUUCCUUUAUCGAUGAUUAUUUUGGGAGCAUGGACUGUGAGAAAUCUUCGGAAAAGACAUCAGGUCAAUUUUGCUACUGCCACUACAGCUGUUACUGCUGUCACCACAGCUGCUGUUACUGCACGUCCUACUCAUUCAAAGAAUAAUCAACUUAUUCAAAUUUUAAUUAUUGAUAUUAGUAUAUAUAUCAUAUUCAGUGCAAUGAUGCCACCUGCUCUUAUAUAUAUACAGAUACUUCAAAGUCGAUCAUCUAGUCUUGCUGAAAUUCAACUCGGAAUCUUACUUAUGAAUUUUGCUCUGUUUAGUUCUUAUAUCCCCUAUUGUGUUGGCUUCUAUACCAAUUUUAUCAUGUCGAGGAAAUUUCGAUCUGAAAUCAAAAAGAUUAUCUGGCGUUAA